AUGCGAAGACCAGCAGGCGACUGGUUGUGGUUCGAUCAAAGUGAUAUCCCGUAUGACACUUGGGAUUAUUUGGCCGGUGAAAUUCUUCACAUCAAAACUUUGACAAGAGAAAUCCACACCAAAGUGUACAACACUCAAAAAUCGGUCCCCAUAUCACAAACAAGGGCUAAUCAAAGCCGAUCGUGUCGCUUGGAUGAUGCAGUGCUGGAAAUGUAUAAAAUACAACACGACAAACGAGUCAACUUGAUGAAAUAUGCCGCAAGAGUGGCGGGUGAACAGCGGGGAUACGCCAAACUCUACAAUGGAAUUGUGCCUGAGGUUUUCUGCCCGAGUCUCGUAAGAAUCGGAAAUGUGGAUGAUGGCGGGAAAUGGGUGUGUAAUCCGAUGGCCAUGCCAUCCGGCUGUGCGAUUAUGUCGCUUGGAGUGGCUGGUGAUCCGAGUUUUGAGAAGGAGAUGCAAUUGCUGACAAAGCAGAAAUGCUCUGUGCAAUCCUACGACAAAAGAGAUCCUGGGCCGGUGAUUGAAGGGAUGGAAAAGAUUAACGCUUUCUUUACGAAGGCUCUCAUUUCAGUGAGAGAUGAUCCCGAGAAAAACAUUCGCAGCAUUCAAGGAGAGAUGAAACGAUUGAACAUCGACAGAAUCGAGAUUUUGAAGAUCGAUAUUGAGGGCUCCGAAUUUUCCGUGAUUCCCGAAUUGAUUUCAGUGGCCGAUAUCUGUCAGAUUCUAAUCGAAAUUCACGGUAAACCGAAGAAAGUCGUCGAGCUGAUUUCCGAAAUGGCAAGGAAAGGUUAUCGAAUCUUUUCCUACGAGAUCAAUGGUGCAUGGCAUCAUUUGAGUGAAUAUUCAUUCAUUCACGAGUCAUGUAUCGAACAAUACGAAGCGACUCCGUUGGAUUAUUACUGGCAUUUGGUC